AUGGGGACACCAUCAGAAACAUCAGGUGUUUCUGUUCCAAACACUGACUCUGCAGUCUUGGCUUCUGCUGCCCGUCGGGUCCGUGGUAAAAGAGCAGCUCGCGAUGCUGCCUUAGGACCUCUCCAAGAAGAAAAGACUUCCAGUUGCUGGUGGGGAACCAAAAGACCGUGUCACGAUCUUUCUGAGAAGUGCUCUGCCAGAGCCAAGGACUUGUCAUCCUGCUCCUUUCUGAGAAACCUCUGGAAAGUUGUUGAAAGCGAUCGCUUCCAGUCCAUCUGGUGGGGCAACGAUGGAGGCUUCAUAGUGACUGAGGAACCUUUCUUCACAACGGAAGUACUGGCCGGGAGAUGGCCUCUCCAAGUUGUUGGCGUUGUCACUGUGAAAGGUUUUGUUCGUUUCCACCACCACUAUGGCUUCUACGUUACAGAGGGGGAUUUCCCAAAUUCUGCCUCAAGUGAUAAAUUCCUGGCAGAGGAAGCAGCAGUUUCUACUCCUAGCGAGUUACUCUGCUACUACAACCCCUAUUUCAAGGAUUAUCUCUGGUGGCAAUGA